AUGGCGGCAAUAAGGACGAUGACGAAUUUGCUCCUCCGCGAGUUUACCCAUCACCCUCUUCUCUUUCACUCUUUAUCGAAAUCGUGUCAAUCUCUUUUACCAUGUCUCCGUCGUGGCACUCCUCGGAUUGUUCUGGUUCAGUCUGAUUCCCGAUUCGGAUCUUUCCGAUGUGCGGCGUCGACUUCCGGUGGAAGCGGUGGUGGUGAUCGGAAAGUUUCUUCACGGUUAUCUCAGGUGCAGCAGAUGCUUCAUGAGGCUGAGGAAAGGGCUAAUUCCGCUGGCAAUGAACCUACCCCUCAAAUCACUCUUGACCAUGUUACGCUUAACUUUGCUAGAAGUGGUGGCCCUGGAGGCCAGAAUGUGAACAAAGUGAAUACCAAAGUAGAUAUGCGGUUCAAUGUGAAAAAUGCGUAUUGGUUAAGUGAUAGAAUCAGAGAGAAAAUCAUACAGACGGAGAAGAAUCGGAUUAACAAGGACGGAGAACUUGUGAUAUCUUCAACCAAAACCAGAACGCAGAAAGGCAACAUCGACGAUGCACUUGCUAAACUACAGGCGAUAAUUGAUGCGGCUUCAUAUGUUCCACCACCUCCAUCAGAAGAACAGAAGAAGAAAAUUGUAAAGAUGGCUGCAAGAGCUGACGAUAAACGACUUAAAAGCAAAAAAGUUCUUUCGGACAAGAAAGCUGCGAGAAGAGACCGCAGUAGUUGGGAUUAA